CGGCCGCGGGCGGGCAGGGAGGCAGGGAAGAACGCGCAGUGGGCGCUCCGGCUCGGCGCCUGCCCCUCGCUGCCCUCUGGGUGGCCGCAGCGCGGGGGCCGGGGCUGCCCCCGACACCCUUUCCGGGCGAUGGUGCGACCCGAGGGCGCGUCCGUCUCCCGCCGCCGCUGACCCGGGUCCCCCACUCCAUGGCCGCCUCGGCGCCGCCCCCACCGGACAAGCUGGAGGGAGGCGGUGGUCCCGCACCGCCCCCCGCGCCGCCCAGCACCGGGAGGAAGCAGGGCAAGGCCGGUUUGCAAAUGAAGAGCCCGGAAAAGAAGCGGAGGAAGUCCAAUACUCAGGGCCCUGCGUACUCACAUCUGACGGAGUUUGCGCCACCCCCGACUCCUAUGGUGGAUCACCUGGUUGCAUCCAACCCUUUUGAGGAUGACUUCGGAGCCCCUAAGGUGGGGGGCGCAGCGCCUCCAUUCCUUGGCAGUCCUGUCCCCUUUGGAGGCUUCCGUGUGCAAGGGGGCAUGGCAGGCCAAGUACCCCCAGGCUAUGGCACCGGAGGUGGAGGGGGUCCCCAGCCUCUUCGUCGACAGCACCCCCCUUUCCCUCCCAACCCUAUGGGCCCUGCUUUCAACAUGCCCCCCCAGGGCCCUGGCUACCCACCCCCAGGCAACAUGAACUUUUCCAGCCAACCCUUCAGCCAGCCUCUGGGUCAGAACUUUAGCCCUCCUGGUGGGCAGAUGAUGCCAGGCCCAGUGGGGGGGUUUGGCCCCAUGAUCUCACCCACCAUGGGACAGCCUUCCAGAGGGGAGCUGGGCCCGCCUCUCCCCCAACGCUUUGCCCAGCCAGGGGCGCCAUUUGGCCCCUCUCCUCUUCAGAGACCUGGUCAGGGGCUCCCCAGCCUGCCCCCCAACACAAGUCCCUUCCCUGGUCCGGACCCUGGCUUUCCUGGCCCUGGUGUUGAGGAUGGGGGCAAGGCCCUGAACCCACCUGCUCCCACUGCUUUUCCCCAGGAGCCCCACUCCGGCUCCCCAGCUGCUGCUGUGAAUGGGAGUCAGCCCAGCUUCCCCCCAAACAGCAGCGGGCGGGGCGGGGGCACUCCAGAUGCCAACAGCCUGGCACCCCCUGGCAAGGCAGGGGGGGGCUCAGGGCCCCAGCCUCCUCCAGGCCUGGUGUAUCCGUGCGGCGCGUGUCGGAGUGAGGUGAACGACGACCAGGACGCCAUUCUGUGUGAGGCCUCCUGCCAGAAGUGGUUCCACCGCGAGUGCACGGGCAUGACUGAGAGCGCCUACGGGCUGCUGACCACCGAGGCCUCUGCCGUCUGGGCCUGCGAUCUCUGCCUCAAGACCAAGGAGAUCCAGUCUGUCUACAUCCGCGAGGGCCUGGGACAGCUGGUGGCGGCCAACGAUGGGUGAGGCUGACGCGGCGACCCCGGGAAGCGCAUCUGUUCCUCCCUGCUCUUCCAGGGUGGUGGUUUCCGUGUCUGGCUCUCGGUCCUUGUCUCCACUGGCUCCCCAUCCCUCGGAGAAGAAAUGCAGUGUCUCCUGAGGGCAGAAGAGGAACUGAGGUGGACAGGCAGGAGCCUGGAUCGCUCGCUGUUCUGGAAACUUUCCCGCUGAGAUCUACAGAGAUCCAGGAAACCAAAGCCCUGCCGAGCAGAGCCAUUGUUUGGUGGAUGUUUCUGGAGGCCGAGGGGUAUGGCUGCAAGAGAAAAGGCUGGAGGAAGAUCUGCAAGGCAGGGUAUCCCUCCUGUAGAUGGUGGGUGCCCCCAACACCUGUGCCUAACGCCCCUAUCCAGCCCCGCAGCUGCAGCCUUAGUUUUGGGAGUCAGGUGUUAAAGGUUUCUCGCCAGGGGAGUUUGGGUCUCUUCCCAUCCCUGCAGUCGCCCUUCCAUGGCUCUGGGAGAGAGCUGUAGGGGAUAAAAAGGGAUUUUCCUCUUUUCCUCCUCUCCCCUGCCUCCUCUAAAACCUGCCUAACUCUUCCCCCUUCAGAGAACCAAAUAGCUUGAAGAAACGGGAGAGUUCUUGGCCAUGGCAGUUUCUUGGUGAUUUGGGGUUUCAAGACGGUAGA